AUGGGCCUGCUCGCCUACCUGAAGACCCAGUUCGUCCUGCACCUCCUCAUCGGGUUCGUCUUCGUGGUGAGCGGGCUGGUCAUCAACUUCAUCCAGCUCUGCACCCUCGUCCUGUGGCCCCUGAACAAGCAGCUGUACCGCCGGCUCAACUGCCGCCUCGCCUACUCGCUCUGGAGCCAGCUGGUCAUGCUGCUGGAGUGGUGGUCCUGCACGCAGUGCACGCUCUUCGCCGACCAGGCCACCAUCGACCGCUUGGGGAAGGAGCACGCCGUCAUCAUCCUCAACCACAACUUCGAGAUCGACUUCCUGUGCGGGUGGACCAUGUGUGAGCGGUUCGGGGUCCUGGGGAGCUCCAAGGUCCUGGCCAAGAGGGAGCUGCUGUGCGUGCCCCUCAUCGGCUGGACGUGGUACUUCCUGGAGAUCGUGUUCUGCAAGAGGAAGUGGGAGGAGGACCGGGACACCGUCAUCGCAGGCCUGAAGCGCCUGGCCGACUACCCUGAGUACAUGUGGUUCCUCCUGUACUGCGAGGGCACGCGCUUCACCGAGAAGAAACACCGCGUCAGCAUGGAGGUGGCCGCCUCCAAGGGGCUGCCCCCCCUCAAGCACCACCUGCUGCCUCGCACCAAGGGCUUCACCACCGCGGUCCAGUGCCUGCGCGGGACAGUCGCAGCCAUCUACGAUGUCACUCUGAACUUCCGGGGAAACAAGAACCCGUCUCUGCUGGGGAUCCUCUACGGGAAGAAGUACGAGGCGGAUAUGUGUUUGAGGAGGUUCCCUCUGGAAGAGAUCCCGCAGGAUGAGAAGGAAGCGGCCCAGUGGCUCCACAAGCUGUACCAGGAGAAGGACGCUCUGCAGGAGACGUAUAACGAGAAGGGCGUGUUUCCGGGGGAGCCGUUCAGACCUGCCCGCCGGCCGUGGACACUCCUCAACUUCCUCUUCUGGGCUACGGUUCUCCUGUCUCCGCUGUUCAGCUUUGUCCUGGGCGUCUUUGCAAGCGGCUCUCCCCUUCUCAUCCUCACGUUCCUGGGCUUCGUCGGGGCAGCUUCCUUUGGAGUCCGCCGACUAAUAGGAGUAACUGAAAUAGAGAAAGGCUCCAGCUACGGGAACCAAGAAUUUAAGAAAAAGGAAUAA